AUGCUCGCCCAGUCUCUCCUCGUGCUCGCUUCGGCGGCCCUGAGCUACGCCUCCCCCGUCACAUGCCGAGCCCCCAUGCCCGAUCCCGUCCUGCCCUCCACCGGCGGUGCAACUGAACUGCCCCCCGUCCCUUCAAACCUCGAGCUCAAAGUCAUCGCCCUCGGCCUCGGCAUCCAAAACUACUCGUGCCCUUCCGUCGGCGCCUCCUCCGCCGCCUCCACCGGCGCCCUCGCCAUGUUCUACGACAUCAGCGCCCUCUACCCAGACUCGGGCCCGCGCGCCCUCUCCCUCGAAAAGUUCAACCAGCUGCCCGCCUUUGCGCUCAACCACCACGCCGUGCCCCUCAACUUCAACGACUCCAGCGACGGCCGCGUCACCGCCGAAGGCCCCGGCGCUGUCCUCUCCCGGCCCUUCACCCGUGCCGCGCCGCUGGAUCUCGGCGAGGAAUUCGGCAAGCUGCCCUUUCUGGGACACCACUUCUUCAACACGGACGGCGCCCCGACGUUUGUUCUCGCCAGGGGCAAGUUCAACGUCGUCGCCGCCAAGAAGGCCUCCGUUCCGGCGCCGGGGAGCGCCGACCCGGGGCCUGCGGGCACCGGGGCCGUGGCCUGGCUCGCGCUCGAUGCGAAUCAGAACUCGCGUGGCGCGACGCUCGUGUAUCGCGUUGAGACGGCCGGAGGGAAUUCCCAUGGCUGCUCCAAGGCUGCUGGGCAGGAUAGCACGAGCUAUGCUGCUCAGUACUGGUUCUAUGGACCAAAGGCAUAA